CGCAACGCAUAAUUUUUGUCUGAGGUUUAUUUGUGUACUCUUGUGAUACGUGUUUUACAGACGCAGGAUAACAAGUGGUUCGCUGGUUUAUCUUUCCAGCCGACAAUCGAUCCCAAUACCAUCGAUCUAGGAUGUCUCUAUCGGCGGAUAUUGGUGAGCUCGAUAAAGAAUGGAGCGAACUUUCGGACGAAUACCGGAGCCUGGAGUCGGCUAAUCAAUCCUACCUUGAUCUGCACGAGCAGCUGGAGGCAAUGCAGGAGAAAUGCACAAAACAAAUCCAACACCAGCGGUAUCGCAUGCAGCAAAUUUCCAAAAACCUCAAACCGUAUUUGCGAAAGGAAGCUUUGACGCCCGAGGAAAAGGAAAAGGCAGCACUGUUGGAGAAAAACAUUAUGAAACGAAGGGCGCAAAUUCACGAGAUCGAGCAAGGACUUCCUCAACAAAACAGUCGUUAUUUGAAAAUUAUUCUAGGUGACGUGAACGUGUCGAUACUGAACCGUAAUGAUAAGGUCCGGUACAAGGAUGAGUACGAAAAAUUCAAGUUAAUACUAAACGUGAUCGGAUUACUCCUUUCGUUUUUGAACAUACUAUUUAAUUUGCGGGCUUUGGAGCUAGUCUUUCUUUUUCUACUUGUUUGGUACUAUUGUACCCUUACGAUAAGAGAAUCUAUUUUGAAGGUAAACGGUUCACGGAUAAAAGGCUGGUGGCGCCUACAUCACUUCAUUUCAACCGUAUGCGCCGGAGUGCUCCUCGUUUGGCCCCAGGGCGAGCCGUGGCAGUUGUUCCGCAGUCAAUUUAUGUUUUUCAACGUAUACAUCAGCUUGGUGCAAUACAUGCAAUUCCGCUAUCAAAAAGGCGUGCUAUAUCGCUUGAAGGCGCUGGGAGAGCGCCACAACAUGGAUAUAACGAUCGAAGGUUUUCAUUCGUGGAUGUGGCGUGGCCUCAGUUUUCUCAUUCCAUUCUUGUUUGCCGGGUACCUGUUCCAGUGCUACAAUGCCUGGACUCUCUAUCAACUGACCAAACACCCAGAUGCUACCUGGCAGAUACCCGUUUUAAGCAUUUUGUUCCUGAUCUUAUUCGUUGGCAACACAACCACCACGUUGCUCGUCAUUCCGCAGAAACUAAGCGAACAUACAGAGAACAGAUAUCGUCUGAUGAAUUUAAUUGCCUCCAAAAAACAAACUAAUGCAAGGCCACAGGCGACUUCAACCAAUUCACCUAAUGCAAGCGGAACUGUUGAUUCAGACAAAUCUAAGUAAAUUCACAUAGUACCAAACCACAACUUAUGGGUUGUGGUUUGAAGCAUUUUCAUUUGGAACAGAAGCCCUAAACUAUCCAGUCGCCGAAAACCGAUUACAUAUUGUUCGAUGUUUAUUUUUUUAUAUUCCUAAAUUAUCCAGUAACCGAUUAUAUAGUUUUCCAUGGUUAGUUUUGAUAGUUUCACGCUUCAACUAUGUAUUUUCCUUUUGGGUUUAAUAUUUCUAAAUUAUAUUGUCACCGAUGUCGAAAUUCUAUGAAUAUAAUUUGUUAAGUUACCACACGAUCUACUACCCAAAAACUGUAACACGUUGCUGUAGAAGUGUAAUGAGCAGCAGCACCAGCAUGUAAAUCCACAAAUAAAAUUGUAUGUCGAAUGGGACAUGUUAUCG